AUGGCGGGCCUCGGGGGCCACUUGCACGUGCUGGGCCCCUCCCUGCGCUGCCGCCUCCGGCAUGCCCGCCGGCUGGCUCGUAUCACCAUCAGCAUGAUCCUCAUGGUCCUCAUCUUCAUCACCAUUGCUGGUAAUGUGGUUGUCUGCCUGGCUGUAGGCUUGAACCGCCGUCUUCGCAGUCUGACCAACUGCUUCAUCGUGUCCUUGGCCAUCACUGAUCUGCUCCUUGGCCUCUUGGUACUGCCCUUCUCUGCCAUCUACCAGCUGUCCUCCAACUGGAGCUUUGGCCAGAUCUUCUGCAAUAUCUAUACCAGCCUGGAUGUGAUGCUCUGCACAGCUUCCAUCCUCAACCUCUUCAUGAUUAGCCUUGAUCGGUACUGCGCCGUCACAGACCCACUCCGCUACCCAGUGCUAGUCACCCCUGUCCGGGUCGCCAUCUCGCUGGUCUUCAUUUGGGUUAUCUCCAUCACCCUGUCCUUCCUGUCUAUCCACCUGGGGUGGAACAGCAGGAACAUGACCAUCAAUGUCAACUACAACAUCUCUAAGUGCAAAGUCCAGGUCAAUGAAGUUUAUGGCUUGGUGGAUGGACUGGUCACCUUCUACCUGCCUCUGCUCAUCAUGUGUAUCACCUACUACCGCAUCUUCAAGAUUGCCCGGGAUCAGGCCAAGAGGAUCAAUCAUAUCAGCUCCUGGAAUGCAGCCACCAUCAAGGAGCACAAAGCCACAGUGACACUGGCUGCUGUGAUGGGAGCCUUCAUUGUCUGCUGGUUCCCCUACUUCACCGUGUUUGUUUACCGUGGGCUCAGAGGAGAUGAGGCCAUCAAUGAGGUUAUUGAAGCCAUUGUUCUAUGGCUGGGCUACGCCAACUCAGCCCUGAAUCCCAUUCUGUAUGCUACAUUGAACAGAGACUUCCGCACUGCGUACCAGCAGCUCUUCCGUUGCAGGUCCACCUCCUACAAUUCCCAUGACGCUUCUCUGAGAUCCACUAACUCUCAGCUGUCCAGGAGCCAAAGCAGAGAGCACAAGGGACAGGAAGAAAAGCCCCUGAAGCUACAGGUGUGGUGUGGGACCGAGGUUACAGCCCUGCAGGGAGCUACAGACAGGUAA